AUGGAUGGCGUUAAUAAAAUCUCAGUAACUCUUUCUGGUACACAAGCAGAGGAAUUGUAAGCUCUUCACGUUAAUUACAUCUUAUUUUCUUUUAGAAAUUCCGCACUUGCCGAAUAUUUACAACGAAAUGGCUACCAGAAAACCUUUGAGACAUUCGUAGAUGAAUCAGGAGCGGUACGGUUUUAUCCAUUGAAUAUUUUGAUUUUUAGACCGUGAAAAAUGAUGUUCAACAUGUUGGAUUAAUGGAAAAGAAAUGGUCAAUGACCCUACGUUUGCAACAACGGAUAAUCAACCUGGAGAAGAGGAUACAAGAACUUGAAAGCGGAGGAAUUAUUGCCCCUAGGCAUAAGUAUGUUUUUUGUAAUGGCUAAUUUUAGACAAUAUAGUAUAUUAAGACAUUUGGAAGUACAAGACGAAGAAUAUGCAUAUUCGAUAAUUCAAGCCUUAUGCUUUUUCAUUCCUCCGUCAUGAAGUUUUAGGCCGCUUUAAGGCAUAUUGUUCGCAUAGAAGUCCAUCGAAUUUUAUAUUAUAAAAAAUUGUUUAAGGGAUCUGAAAUCUUCUGCCACUUGGAUUCCUCGGCCGCCAGAGAAGUUGACUCUUAAUGGGCAUCGCGAUUCUGUUAUGAAGGUCGUUUUUCACCCUACUUACAGUGUGCUUCUAUCUUGCAGUGAGGAUCAUACAAUCAAGGUAAUCAUGAAAAUAUGGACUAAACAUUUAUGUAGAUAUGGGAUCUUGAAACUGGUCAAUUAGAACGCUCAUUUAAAGCCCAUUUAAGUACUAUUCAAGACUUGUGCUUUGAUGCCACUGGAAACAGAUUUGGUAAGAUACCUAAAAUAUGAUUUAUGAUAAAAAGUUUAGCUAGUUGCUCUGCCGAUGCUUCAAUAAAGAUUUGGGACUUUGGAGAUUCUUAUGAUUGUCUUAAGACCUUGAGAGGACACUCUCAUACAGUCUCAUCCGUUGUUUUUGUCCCAAACAGUAAGUUGUUGACGUGUGUAUUAUUACUUCUUAUGUCUAUAUCGCCUUAUUCUCUAUUUUCUUCUCAGAAUCAUGGAUUUUGUCCGCUUCGCGAGAUGGAACUAUUAGAUUGUGGGAUACAACCACGGGUUUCUGUACUCAAACCUUUGAAGAACACGAAGAUUGGGUGCGGAGAGUCUGCAUCGAUCAACAAGGCCAAUUGUUUGCAAGUUGCAGCAACGAUAAGGUGAGUUUUUUUCUAAAUUCUCUACUUUGCUUUUAGUCAAUUAUUGUUUGGUGUCUAAACACAAAGAAGCCGCUGUCCAAGUUGAUUGGACACACCCAUGUCAUCGAAUGUGUUUUAUUUGUUCCCCAAGAACACAAUAAUAAGAUUGCCGGUGAUCAUAUGAAGAAGUAUGCUAAUGAGCAUGAUGUAAAGCCAACUUUGAUCAUCUCGGCAGGCAGAGAUCGGGUGAUCAAGAUAUGGGAUGCCCUGAGUGGGGCUUGUUUGAUGGAUCUGGAAGGACAUGACAAUUGGAUCAGAGACAUGGUGCUGCAUCCAUCGGGUGCUUAUCUCAUAUCAGUCGCUGACGAUAAAUGCAUGCGGGUCUGGUCAAUGGAAGAGACCCAACGUUGCCGUGUCAUCAAUGCUCACGACCAUUUUAUUUAUUCUGUUGGUAGGUGGUUCGACGCCAUUGUGGAUGAGUUAAUUUAGAUUUCCACAAAAGACUUCCUUAUGUGGCCACGGGAUGCACAGACUCGACAAUCAAGGUGUGGGAAUGUCGAUAACUGGACGGAUUUCUACUUUUUUUCUCUAUUUGAUAACUCCCGCGUCGCUGGCUGCCUGUCCCCAUCCAGUUCCGCAUCAUUCCUUUGCAUUUGGCUCGCGUCAGAAUGCUACUAUUAUUGUUUGUUACGCCUUGUAAAGAACACUUCAGUAAUAAAUAAAAUAGAGCUUUGCCUUUUGUUGAUAUUCAGUGGUCGGCUCCCUAUUUUAUCGAUUAUCGUUCCUUCGUUUCCUUUAUGCACCGAUGUUUUACAGAUGGCCUCAUUCAGAAAAGGAGCUUUGCUAAUGGGGACGGUGGUAAAGAUCAAUCGGAUUGGAUUAAAACAGAUACCUUGUGCUCAGAUCAGAUGUCGGCAGAACCAAUUCAGCGAACAUCUCAAGAUGUAUUUCGCAAAGCCCAACGAUUUGUGGGCGUUGGACAAAGAUGUGAAUGUAAAGUUGGGAGAUACUGUACUGAUUGGACCCAUCGAACACAAAGACCGCCCAACAACGACGGUGAGUCAUGUAGUGAAAAGAGUGGUCAUGCCCUACGGGAAUACGAUGGAUCCAAUCACGAAAAAGAGAAUUUAUCAAAGCGAAUUUGUGGAAGAUCAGAAGAUCCGGCGAGAUUUGAUCAAUGAAGCCACGGAGCCGUAUGAACAAGAUUCGAUUGGAUUCGAAACCCGACAUUUGGAGACGAAAGAGAAAGUGGAACGAUUAAAACAACAGUAG